AUGGAGGUGAACAGCACGCUAGUGGAGUGCAAGCGCGAGGACACGGACGCAGUUGCCUUCCGUUUUCUCAUCCUCGACGCCCCGUCGCCCAGCAGUGUUCCCAUGUACGUGAAAUUGCUGCAGAGGUACCACGUGAGGCACAUUGUGCGGGCCUGCGGUCCAACGUACAACACGGAGGUCUUCGAGAAGCAUGGCAUGGAGGUACACGGCUGGACCUUUGAGGACGGCGCCACGCCGUCACAGGCUGUCGUUGGCAACUGGCUGGACCUGCUUGAACGGGAGAAGAACAAGUCACCGCCCGAGACGAUUGCCGUGCACUGCGUGGCCGGACUUGGCCGAGCGCCCAUAUUGGUGGCACUGGCACUUGUGGAGUACGGUGGAAUGCCGGCGCUUGACGCCGUGGGAUAUGUGCGGGCGCGGCGCAAGGGUGCCAUUAAUCAGGUGCAGCUUAACUGGCUGAUGGGUUACAGGCCGCGUAAUCAGAGAGGGAGCGAGGGGUCGCUGAGGUGUGCGAGGUGCGCGGUAAUGUGA